AUGCCAAGAAGAAGAGAAUUUUCAACACAUCUGUUACUUGUCUGCUUUCAUUAUGGUAGCUUCCCUCUGGCUCCUUGCGGGGACGGACAACUCUUUGCGAAGGAAAUUGCAGAGGGUUCUGUCAGAGCAGGAAUCUCCACCAAUCAGGGAGAUGAACACAUUCCCGGACUGAACUCCACCUGCCAUAACGUGACCCCUGAGUUACCAGACUUGCUCUCAGGAUGCUGUGUGUCCACGUGUCCUGUUUCCAGAAGGAUAGGCUCUUCUCCAGUUGCCCCUGAAGCUGAAGGCACAGGAAAGCAGGCGCCGACAUCUGUGAACACUCAGGACAUUCUUUCAAACACAAGUCAGCAAGCCCUCCCUCAGGCACUGACGCUGAUUGGCAGGACACGGAUCCAGGUGACAUCUCGGACGUGUCAUGUGCUGAGUUAUGCCUUGAUAAGGACUCUCUCAAGAGCCUCCCCCAGCGUCAGCUUCUGGAUCCAGACUCGCUCACCAGAGGCACACUGGCAAGUUCCUUCUGGGGUAGGGGAGCCCUCCCAGCCCAGGCGGCUCCACGGCAGACACAGCCACGCAGGGUCCCGCACUCAGAAGGGCCCUGCACCCGGUUCAAUGCUCUGCCGUCACCACCUUAAAGUCCUAGUAACUGUUGAAUAACGAGCCCUGCAUUUCCUUUUUGCCCUGGGCCUCUUGGUCUACACGGCUGGCGCUGCCCCCAUUUCUACACCACCUGUUCUCCGAGUCCACAGAUGCAGUUCUCUCGGUGGGGGUCGCUCAGACAACCUUGUGCUCAGUCUACCUGGGCCUUGCUCGUCAGUGACACAUGUUUUCCCCAGAUGUUAGAGUUCCGGGGAGGAGUCAGGGUGGUAUCCCAGGAAAAGUGGCCCUCAGUUUGAGAGUCCUGUGGCUCGGGAGUUUGGUGUGGGCCCCGGAGCCGGCUGCCGGGAUCUGUGUCCCGGCUGUGCACCAUCUCGCUGUGUGACCCGGAGCAGGCUGCUUAACCUCUCUGUGCUUCCAUACUAUCAUUUUUACAGUGGCAAUAACGAUAGUCUCA